GCUGGUUACAAUUUGAGAGGCAGGCAUCAUGCAAUGACCGUCGGCUGAAUUUCCUGUUUCUCGUCCGGAUGCCCCGUGGACCGAGAGGACUGUGUCUUCUGGGCCCACAAGUGGUCAAAUCCACGUUUUGGGGCGCUUGCGCUCUUGGAGGAGAGAGGGGAAAGUCCCCCGGGGUGCGAAAAAUCUGGAGAUGCUAAACUGUGCGGAGAACAGACGGUGGAGAAGGAGAGCCGGGGCCCGUAUCAUCAAUUGGCCAUAACCAGCGGUGAUAGUCCGGCCACCAUCUAAAGGCAGUUAGUAGACCCAGGCGUUGCUUUUGUUUGCACAUUCUUCGGUUCAGAAUGCGGUAAGGUUCUUGUCUCUUCUAUCUUUCCUUUUUUUUUUUAUACUCGUGUGGGAAUGGCCGAUCUAAAAAGGCCUCUCCCCCCCGGAUCCCCAGUCCCGAUCUCCGUGCUUUUCCUUUCUGCUUGUUGUUCUGCGGUGCUCCCUGGCUCUCCAUAGACCAAGGUCCUCUUCAUUCCCACGGUAACCUAUCCAAAUCCGACUUCAAUAAUACACCAUGACGGGCCUGGGGCUUAGUAUCGACUGGAAAUCCAACCGAUGGGCGGUGGUCUACUGCCUGGUGGCCGCGAUCGGUGCCCUUUGCUAUGGGUACGACACCAUUUACUAUACGGGGAUCCAGGGAAUGGAAUAUUUUGCCCGCGAUUACGGUGUUGAAGCGUCCGAUGGCUCGUACUCGCUGUCCACCACCUUCCUCUCCGUGUCGGCGAGUAUCAUCUACGUGGGGGAGUUUGUCGGCGCUAUCGCUGCCGCUCCGAUCAACGAUUAUCUGGGUCGGCGGGUGGUUUUCCUGACGGCAUCGGUCUGCAUCAUUGUCGGCGCCAUUGUGCAAGUGUGUUCUUUUGGCUCGGAUCCUGUGUUCUACGUCAGUCGAGUUCUCAUCGGUCUGGGGAUCGGGCAAUUCACCGCCACCUGUCUGAUGUACAUUGGCGAAGUCGCACCGUCCGCGAUCCGCGGUCCGGCGCUCAUGUGCUUCCAAUUCAUGCAGUCCAUCUCCCAGCUGGUCGGGGCCUGCGUCAACCAGGGAACGGAGGGUAUUCAAAGCCCCAACUCCUACCGCAUUCCGAUGUCGUUGCUGGUGGUUCUCCCGGGAAUCAUGCUCUUGUGUCUGCCUUUCACCCCGGAGAGCCCUGUGUGGUAUAUGUACAAGGGGAGGAGGGAGCAAGCGACCAAGGCCUUGCGGCAGAUCAACCGCAGUGCGCCCGAUUACGACCCUCAAGCGGACCUGCAGGUUAUCGACGACCAAGUGGAGAUGGAGCGCGAGCUCGCCAAGGACGCCACCUGGAUGUCCCUCAUCACGGAUCCCAUCGAGCGUCGUAAACUCUUCUACGCCUGCGGUGCCAUGUUCGUGCAGCAGAUCAACGGAAUUCAAUUCUGGUACACCUACGGGGUAGUUUUCGCCCAGUCCAUCGGGGUUGCCGAACCUUUCACCAUCAACACCAUCAUCUACGUGCUCCAGAUUAUCGCCGUUGGCGUGGCCGUUGUUCUGGGCAACAAGGUCAGCCGCCGGAAGAACUUGCUGGUGUGCAGCACGGGUAUUUUAGCCUCGCUGGUGGCCGUCGGCGGACUGGGGACCACUCGGGAUGCCGACGGAAAAUUCAGCGAGGGGGUCGGCAUUGCCAUCGUCGUCCUCGCCUACGUCAACAUCGUCUGCUACAACUUCUCCAUCGGCACCCUAUCCUAUUCGAUCGCGUCGGAGAUGUCGGUUGGGCGCAACCGCAACAAGAUCACCUCCUGUGCCAUCGGCGUCUUCUUCAUCACCGUGUGGCUCAUGGUCUUCACCAGCCCGUACAUGUAUUACACCGGCAACCUCGGCCCGAUGAUCGGCUUUGUCUAUGCAGCCACCACACUCUUCCUCCUGGCUUACUCGUGGUUCUGCGUGGGCGAGACGGCCCACCGCAGCAAUGCGGAUAUUGAACGACUCUUCCAAGACCGUGUGCCGGUCAGAGAGUGGAAAGAUUAUGUUAUCACGCAUGACGAGGAAACGACAUGGGCUAAAAAGAACAAGAGCAAGGAUGAACAGAUAGAGAUGGCAUGAUUUGAUGUAUA